GAACCCGCGGGCUCCGGCGAAGAGGCCCCGGCCCACCACUGCACACUCCUACCCCUGCCCGCUCUCCCGCUGCCAUGGGGCCCGGCUCUCCUCUCUUCAUCCUGCUCCUUCUGUCAUUGUGGGGACCCCUUCGGGGGCAGCAGCACCACCUGGUGGAGUACAUGGAACGCCGACUAGUUGCCUUAGAGGAGCGGCUGGCCCAGUGCCAGGACCAGAGCAGUCGGCAUGCCGCUGAGCUGCGGGACUUCAAGAACAAGAUGCUGCCGCUGCUCGAGGUGGCCGAGAAGGAGCGGGAGGCCCUCCGAACUGAGGCGGACACCAUCGCGGGGAGAGUGGACCGUCUGGAGCGAGAGGUCGACUAUCUGGAGAUGCAGAGCCCAGCUCUACCCUGUGAAGACGUUGGCGAGAGAGUGGCGGACGGCGCUGGGACCAAAGGCAAGGGCAGAAGAAAUGAGAAGUAUGACAUGGUGACAGACUGUGGCUACACAAUCUCUCAGGUGAGGUCAAUGAAGAUCCUGAAGCGGUUCGGCGGCCCAGCCGGCCUGUGGACCAAGGACCCCCUGGGGCCGGCGGAGAAGAUCUACGUGUUAGACGGGACCCAGAACGACACGGCCUUUGUCUUCCCAAGGCUGCGCGACUUCACCCUUGCCAUGGCGGCCCGGAAGGCGUCCCGGAUCCGGGUCCCCUUCCCCUGGAUCGGCACGGGGCAGCUGGUCUACGGCGGCUUCCUUUACUACGCCCGGAGGCCGCCCGGGGGCCCCGGAGGGGGCGGCGGGCUGGAGAACACGCUGCAGCUCAUCAAGUUCCACCUGGCCAACCGCACCGUGGUGGACAGCUCGGUGUUCCCGGCCGAGGGCCUGGUCCCCCCGUACGGGCUGACGCCGCACACGUACAUUGACCUGGCCGCCGACGAGGAGGGCCUCUGGGCGGUCUACGCCACCCAGGAGGACGACAGGCACCUGUGUUUGGCCAAGUUAGACCCGCAGACGCUGGACACCGAGCAGCAGUGGGACACGCCGUGUCCCAGGGAGAACGCGGAGGCUGCCUUCGUCAUCUGUGGCACCCUGUAUGUGGUCUACAACACCCGCCCUGCCAGCCGGGCCCGCGUGCAGUGCUCCUUCGAUGCCAGUGGCACCCUGACCCCGGAGAGGGCCGCCCUCCCUUACUUCCCGCGCCGGUACGGCGCCCACGCCAGCCUCCGCUACAACCCCCGCGAGCGCCAGCUCUACGCCUGGGAUGACGGCUACCAGCUCGUCUACAAGCUGGAGAUGAGGAGCAAAGAGGAGGAAGUCUGAGGAGCUCGCCUCUCUGACGAGUCUCUCUCCUCUCCGUGCAGUUGUAGCCCCACUGAAUCUCCCGUCCUCAUCAUCCCGACGUGCGCGAGUCGUAGUUCAGAUCUCGUAUUCCUAGCCAGUGGAGGCCACGUUCCCAGGGCCUCUUCAUUCCAUGUGGGAUCGUGAGGAGUCCUUUUGGAGCUAAAGGGGGAAAGAAACCCUAAGGGUGCACUCUUCUCUCCUGCCCCAUGUCCACAAAUUUCAGGCCACAGAUGACCCAGAACCAGAGCUCUGACCUCGUGUGGGGGUGACCCCAGUGAGAGGCCACAGAGUACGUGCCUCUGUGUGGGCUGGAGGAGAGAGGGCUGGGAGACGUUCCGCUCGGCCGUCUCUCCCUUCAGUGUCCUCAAGAAUGGGACUUCCUCCACCUCGUUUUGUACUGAAACGUCUUGCAUUAAAAGGAAAACCCACUGCUC